UGAUAGCUCUUCCGUCGGGUGCGCACGAACGGACUUUGCUUCUGCAACGUCCUCGUACUUGCUCGACGUGGCGAAUCUGCCACUGCGGUACAGUGGCUAGGCUCGAAGGCCCUAACGUGAAGCGUGUGGAAUCAGCUGUGGGAAAAGGAACGCGGGGGUUUCUUGGGCGGCUGUCGUCAUGGCGGCGACUGCCCCCAGUGCCGGGGGCUCCGUGCCUGAGGCGGCGGGGUCCGCCGAAGCUCCGCUGCAGUACAGCCUUCUUCUGCAACACCUGGUGGGUGACAAGCGUCAGCCCCGGCUCCUGGAGCCUGGUAGCCUGGGCGGGAUCCCGAGUCCGGCCAAGAGCGAGGAGCAGAAGAUGAUCGAGAGAGCGAUGGAAAGCUGCGCCUUCAAGGCCGCGCUGGCCUGCGUGGGCGGAUUUGUCUUGGGAGGUGCGUUUGGGGUGUUCACCGCCGGCAUUGAUACCAACGUGGGCUUUGACCCCAAGGAUCCUUACCGGACGCCCACGGCAAGAGAAGUUCUGAAAGACAUGGGCCAGAGAGGAAUGUCCUACGCCAAAAAUUUUGCCAUCGUGGGCGCCAUGUUUUCUUGCACUGAGUGUUUGGUAGAGUCUUACCGGGGAAAAUCAGAUUGGAAGAACAGUGUCAUUAGCGGCUGCAUCACUGGAGGCGCUAUUGGUUUCAGAGCUGGCUUAAAGGCUGGGGUCAUUGGUUGUGGAGGUUUUGCUGCUUUCUCUGCUGCAAUUGAUUAUUACCUCCGGUGAGAGUAAUUGCCUCUGGGGAAGGACAACGCCAGCCCAGGAUCAGAGCUCUGCUGUGGAGGGCAGUUUCUGCACCAUUCCAGGGCGCUUGCUUCAGAGACUGAAGAUACUUGUUUUCCCUCAUAUAGUUGGUGUCAUGAGGGACCUGCCUGGCUGCUGUCUGUCUGCAUCCUCUGAGCAGCUGCACUCUCUGCUCCUGGACUCCUGCCAGGCUGUGCAGGGGAUGUGCCAUGCCAGCCUCUCUCUUUUGGACAGACCAGGAGACAGUGUGUUGACUUACAUGAGGAAUUAAGCUCCACAAAACUUCACUCCUGACCACAACUGGCCCUCUGGUUGUUUGGUGCUGUGGGAACAGAGGUGACUUUACAUAUCCCCAGGAAGUACCCAGGAAGCUGUCCUACCUUGGAACUCCAUGCAGUCAUCCGUCUGGCACAUUAGGGCAGGGGAAAGUAAAUUUAUGCCAUCUGACCAAUUGUGUCAUCAUCUUUAGUGUUUCUGAUUUCCUUGUUAAAAAUAUAUAUAUUUAUAUUACAGUUUAAAA